AUGCGAAAGCAUGCCAAGAAUCAAAGCGUCAUUAUCAGUGGCGAAUCUGGAUCGGGCAAAACAGAAUCGACGAAGCUCGUGCUGCAGUUUCUGGCUACCAUCAGCGGUCAGCACAGCUGGAUAGAGCAGCAAGUUCUGGAGGCUAAUCCCAUCCUAGAAGCAUUUGGCAAUGCAAAAACUGUCCGAAACGACAACUCGUCCCGUUUUGGAAAAUACAUCGAUGUGCAUUUCAACGCCUUCGGCUCUAUAGAAGGGGCACGAAUUGACAAAUAUCUUCUGGAAAAGUCUCGAAUCGUCGCGCAGUCGGUUGGCGAGCGGAAUUAUCACAUAUUCUAUUGCCUUCUAGCUGGUUUGCCUGUGGAAGAGAAACGGCAGCUUGAGCUGACUCAGCCAUCCGACUACUUCUACCUAACGCAGGGUAAAACAUUGGAAGCUGAUGGCCGCGACGAUGCCGCUGAUCUUGCGGAAAUCCGGUCGGCGAUGAAAGUUCUGCUGUUCAAAGAGGCCGAAAUCAGCUCGAUCUUCCAACUUCUCGCUACUCUUCUGCAUAUUGGAAAUGUCAAGUAUAGAGGUCUGAAAGACGCAUCCUUAAGAAUCGUUGUCGACACCAUCGAUGGGGUUGAGGUUAGCGAUGCUGCUAACGUUGCUCGGAUAGCAAGGCUGCUACAGGUCGGCAUUUAUCAAUCAAUUCAGCUUCCCACAAAGAAGAAAAAAAGCUGCAAUCAACUGUUUCAGGUAAAAGAGCAAACCCUCCUGAGCACUUUGACGACGAGAACGAUUGUGACGAAGGAGGAGAGGGUAGUGGUGAGACUCUCAUCCCGAGGAGCCGUCGAUACACGAGAUGCGUUAGCCAAAGGCAUCUACGGACGUCUCUUCACCUACAUCGUCGCACGCAUCAACGACGCUAUUUACAAGAAACGUAGUUUCAGACCACGAAACGACUCUACAGAUCGGCACUCGAUUGGAGUACUCGACAUUUUCGGCUUUGAGAACUUCGAGACGAACAGUUUUGAGCAAUUAUGCAUCAACUACGCCAACGAAAGUCUUCAGCAGUUUUUCGAGCAAAUCAACUGGCGUCAGAUCAAAUUCGUUGACAACCAGGAGACGUUAGAGAUAAUCGGAGUGAAACCAAUGAACGUAUUUUCUCUGAUCGACGAGGAAAGCAUCUUUCCAAAGGUAAAGCCUUCCUGGAGUUGCUAA